AUGAGCUGGUAUGAAUACCCUCUUGUUGGGAGGAAUCCCUCCCGACAAGAGGAAGUCUUCCAGAGUAAGCAGAAUGGCUCAGUCACCGUCCCAGAUCCUUACAGUUGGCUACAUGAGCCACCCAAGCAGAGCAAUGCCCUCAAGCGGGCCACUGACCCCAAACAGCCCGCAGGCAAGCUCUUCCUCGAUCCCAACCUGUUCUCCAUCAAUGGCACUACCGCACUCUCAUUCUCUGCCACAUCCGAGUCAGGCAUCUAUAUGGCGUACGGUGUCUCCCGCUCUGGAAGCAACAGUCAGACUAUCUACGUCCGUCGCACCGACUCUCCCCACACAAAGUCUGCCGCCGAUGGUGGCAAGAGGGGCAAGGACACAGUCGUUGCCGGGAGGUGUACAUACCCACCAGCUUGCAGGGAGGUGUACAUACCCACCAGCUCAUUGGGAGGAAUCCCUCCUGGCAAGCUGGUGUAUAUACCAGCUUGUUGGAAGGGAUUCCUUCCGACGAGCUGGUGUGUACAUACCAGUUUGUCGGAAGGGAUUCCUUCUGACGAGCUGGUGUACAUACCCUCUCGUCGGGAGGGAUUCCUCCCGACAAGAGGGUAUUCAUCCCAGCUUGUUGGGAGGAAUCCCUCCCGCUCGCCGGGAGGGAUCCCCCCCGGCAAGCUGGUAUGUACACCAGCUCGUCAGGAGGAACACCUCCCGGCAAGCUGCUUGCCGGGAGGGAUUCCUCCCGGCGGUGUGGCCUCUCUUGGCACCGGGUAUCCCUUGGGAUACCCGGAUAUCUGCCAGGUUUGGGUAGAAAAACAGCCAUCCAAAGCCAAAUCCGCACCCGCUGGCGGAUACCCGCUGGUGCUGGCGGGUAUCCACCAGCGGAUAGCGGAUAUCUGCAACGGAUUAUCCCCGCCCAUCUCUAGUCAUGGGUUGGGUUUGGGCAGAUUUUGA